CAGUUUGGUCAACACACAGACGACAUCACAAUGUCCAUCUCCGAUUGCCUUCCCGAUUACCCGGUCACCUCGGAUUUCGUAAAUAGAUUGCAGCCAGCCCUGGAAGCCAGGGAUGAGGCGAGAGUGAGGGACCUGAUCUGCACUGAAGCUCGGCACGUGACGGCCAACGACGACGGGAUGAAGGACCCCUCGGCCCAGCUGCGCACCGGGGUGCUCCUAGGAGACCUGGACCGUCUUAAGCUCCUCAUGGACCAGUUCUUCCAGGAUGCCAACGUGGUGUUUGAGAUCAAGACGGAUGAGAUGGAGUGGCAAGUGAAAUCCCCGGCCACGUUUGGAACGUCAGGCCUCUGGACCUUGGAGUACAAGCGCGAGCUCACCACGCCCCUGUGCAUCGCCGCGGCCCGGGGCCACACGGCCUGCGUGCGCCACCUGCUCGGCCGCGGCGCGGACCCCGACGCCAGCCCCGGCGGCCGCGGCGCCCUGCACGAGGCCUGCCUGGGGGACCACACGGCCUGCGCCCAGCUGCUGCUGCAGCACCGCGCCGACCCCGACCUGCUCAGCGCCGACGGCCUGGCACCCCUGCACCUCUGCCGCACGGCCGCCUCGCUGGGGUGCGCGCAGGCGCUGCUGGAGCACGGCGCCUCGGUGCAGCUUGCGGGCGGCGCGGGCCUGGACACGCCCCUGCACGUGGCGGCUCAGCGCGGCCUGGACGAGCACGCGCGCCUCUACCUGGGCCGCGGGGCGCGAGUGGACGCGAGGAACGCCCGCGGCGAGACGGCCCUGAGCGCGGCGUGCGGCGCGACUCGGCGGCCCGACGAGCACGCGCCCUGCCUGCGCCUGUGCGCGCUGCUGCUGCGGUGCGGCGCGGCGGCGGACGCGCGCGACGAGGACGAGCGCAGCCCGCUGCACAAGGCCUGCGGCCACGCGCGCCACGGCCUGGCGCGCCUCCUGCUGCAGCACGGCGCCGACGCGGGCGCGCUCGACUACGGGGGGGCGUCGCCGCUGGCCCGAGUGCUGCACACGGCCGCCUGCGUCCCCGAGGCCGCGCCGCAGCGCACGCUGCAGGCGCUGCUCAACCACGGCUCCCCCACCGUGUGGCCCGACGCCUUCCCCAAGGUGCUGAAGACCUGCGCGCCAGCCCCCGCUGUCCUCGAGGUUCUUUUCAACUCCUACCCUCAGCUCCGCGUGUCAGAGUCCUGGAAGGAGGUGAUCCCUGAAGAAGUGUUUCGGAUGCACCAGCCUUUCUACGAGUCCCUCUUUGCCUUGGCCUACACCCCACGCCGUCUGCAGCAUCUCUGCCGCUGUGCCAUUCGGAAACUCUUUGGCAGAAAGUGCUUUUGCCUCGUGCCCCGGUUGCCCUUGCCAAAGUCCCUGCAAAAUUACCUUCUUCUGGAGCCGGAGGGGGUUUUGCACUGAAACCCAGAGAUUUGGACCAAGACACCCGUGCUCUUCUGUGGAGGCUCCAGGGUUAGGAGGGGCCCUGGAUGGGACUUGGCACCCACCCUGUGCACAGACCCCACCCAGCUUCAGGUUCACCUGGACAUGGACUUGGCAAUAAAGGCCCUUCUGCCUCUCAGCAUUGCUUGUGAGGACUGAAACUGUGGCUAUCAUGGUACUUGUAUCAGAAAGUACCUUUCAACAGAGGUUGGGCUAAAAGGCAUACAUAUUUUUCCAAGGUCUGUCUCCUGCCCACAGUGCGUUAGCAGCAUUGGAGCUGCCCCCGCCCCCCCAGCCUUCAGACCCUCUGCCUCAAGGGCAACAGCCCGCCCCUCCCGGUGCUCAGCCCCUUGGAAAGACUCUGUCCCGCAAACAUGACCGACGUACACACUGAGAGAGGACACUUGCCUCCGUGACGAGAGCCCCUGCCCG